GUUGGCUAUGCCAUUCGCUUCUAAGACGUCGGCUCUGAAGAGCGCACGCGCAUCCUCUACAUGACUGACGGCAUGUUCUUCCGCAAGACGCUACUUGACCCGCUCCUCAGCCGAUACAGCGUUAUCAUGAUCGAUGAGGCGCACGAGCGGAGCGUGUAUACUGAUCUGAUGCUUGGGAUUCUGAAGAAGACCCGCCGAAAGCGUUCCUUCCUCCGGCUGAUCGUCUCUUCCUCAACACUCGAUGCUACCUCCUUCCUGGAAUAUUUCACCUCAGGCAACGCUCCGGACGAUGCUACCAUCGUCAGCCUCAAAGGACGAAUGUUUCCAGUGCAAGUCGCGUAUCUCCAGGAGCCCGUGCCAGAUUACGUGCGGAAAGCAGCAGAGGUUGUGUGGAACGUCCAUCUGCAAAUGAAAUGGAAGGGGGACAUUCUGGUGUUUAUGACUGGUCCGGAAGAGACAGACCGUUGUCUGGAGGAGCUGUCUGAGAUGUUACCAUCUAUCGGGUGUCUCAUUUUGACAUCACACACUGUUAGUUUGCCUCGAAACGCUAUGCGGAUAUGGCCGCUGGUGCUGCAUGCCGGACUCUGCAAGAAUGAGCAGCUGGCCGUCUUCGAGUCCGCCGAACGAGGCAGCCGAAAAGUCGUUAUUUCCACGAACAUCGCGGAGGCUAGUGUCACCAUCGAUAGCAUCAAGUUCGUCAUCGACUUCGGCUUCGUCAAGGUGCAUUACCAUUCAACACUUUACAAGCCGAUCGUUGAUCGUCUCAUCAGAUCCGCACCUAUAUAUCUUACCACCGCACUUUCCUCCCUCUUCACGGUGCCCGUCUCGUAAGCCUCCACCAUGCAGUGCGCGGGCUGCGCAGGGCGUACCUCCUCGAGCAAACGCUACCGAUUCUACACUGAGUGUGCAUUCCAGACAUUCCCGUUCACCACACCACCGGAGAUCAUGCACGUCGACCUCACGAUGCGAGCCUAAGGAUGGACGGUUUGAUGAAAUUCGAGUGGGUAACGUCUCCACCGGCAGAGAGCGUGCUGUGUGCGCUGGAGGGGCUGCAUGUGGCAGGGAUGAUUGGCGAGGAUGGGACGUUAAUGGUGGUUGGAGACAAGGUGGCGGAGUGUCCA